AUGCCGAUAAUCAUUUCCUCUAAACAAAGGGAGUCUGUGAAUGUCAGCAUAAAAUUGGUAGCACUAGCCUGCAAAAACAGGCAUUUAAAAAUGAUAUUCACGACUUCUCCAAUCUCCGUCGUAACGUCACCAAAUUCUUCAAUUAUCCCUAACGUCUCUCUCUCUGCUAGCCUCUCUCAGAUCCCGGGGAGACCAUCUACCUUUGUCCCCGCCUCCGUCAAACGGGUUCCAGUUAAAGGCAGUAGAACACAUUCCACUUCCACACCGCCGCCGCAAAGCGAUAUGUCAGUCACCGUUCCUAUGCCAGCUGAGGAUGAGCCCUUUAUUAGUUCCAGAAACCGUGAUGGUGAUGGGGCAGUCUCUUCUAGUCAAACUGUGCCUCAGAAGAAUAAAAAUAAAUACUGUAUCCGCUCUGUUAGCUGUUAUGGUGUAGACCUUACACCGGAUAAUUGUGCAGUUGCUAUGGUAUAUUUUGUCCAAGGAGUCUUGGGGCUUUCUAGACUCGCUGUCAGCUUUUAUUUAAAGGAUGAUUUGCAUCUAGACCCUGCUGAGACAGCUGUGAUAACCGGUUUUUCAGCGUUGCCUUGGCUUAUUAAGCCGGUGUAUGGUUUUAUCAGUGACUCGGUCCCACUUUUUGGGUAUCGAAGAAGGUCGUAUCUAGUUUUAUCCGGACUCCUUGGAGCUCUUUCAUGGAGUUUAAUGGCCAGUUUUGUCGAUGGCAAGUAUGGUGCUGCUUUAUGCAUACUUCUUGGCUCUCUUUCUGUUGCUUUUUCAGAUGUUGUCGUAGAUUCCAUGGUUGUAGAGAGAGCACGUGGUGAGACACAAAGUGUAUCAGGAUCUCUUCAAUCACUAUGUUGGGGAUCCUCGGCCUUUGGAGGAAUCGUAAGCUCCUACUUUAGUGGCUCCCUGGUGCAUGCUUAUGGUGUAAGGUUUGUUUUUGGUGUUACGGCAUUGCUUCCUUUGUUGACAUCUGCGGUUGCUGUGUUAGUGAAAGAGCAACGUAUGGGACGUGGUUCUGGUUCAUCAAAAGAUACUACUACUAGUAUUCUUCAGCUGUGGCAAGCGGUCAGACAACCCAAUGUCUUCCUUCCCACUUUAUUUAUAUUUCUCUGGCAGGCAACUCCUCACUCCGAAUCCGCCAUGUUUUACUUCACAACAAAUAAGCUGGGUUUUACACCAGAGUUCCUGGGGCGUGUUAAGCUUGUGACAUCAAUUGCUUCGCUUCUUGGUGUUGGACUUUAUAAUGGAUAUCUGAAAAAUGUUCCUUUGCGCAAAAUUUUUCUUGCUACUACUCUUACUGGUACUGCCCUUGGCCUCACUCAGGUUAUCCUUGUCACAGGGCUAAAUAGGCAGUUUGGUAUAAGUGAUGAGUGGUUUGCAAUUGGGGAUUCUUUAAUCAUAACAGUUCUUGGUCAGGCGUCUUUCAUGCCGGUUCUUGUUCUAGCAGCAAGGCUGUGUCCUGAAGGGAUGGAAGCAACGCUGUUUGCAACCCUGAUGUCUGUAUCGAAUGGUGGUAGUGUUGUUGGGGGUCUUUUUGGUGCGGGUUUAACCCAGGUUUUGGGUAUCACCAAGGACCGCUUUGACAGCUUGGCCCUUCUUAUAAUCAUCUGCAACUUCAGCUCCUUGCUACCAUUGCCACUCCUACACCUUCUUCCCAAUCAUAAUCCCCUUCCCAAUCCCAAACCAAAGGAAGAUGUCCCUGUUCAGUUCAAGUCUAGUUGAUACUUGAUACUCAUACUCAUCACCCUUCUAACACUACUUAUAUAUAUAUAAACAGAUACAGAUCAUCAUAACAAUACUGUAAAUAUUCUAAGAUUCAUCAAAAUCUUUAAUCAACUUUUUUUUUGACUACU